AUGAUAAAGGGGCUGUUCUACAGCGAGUUUGACAACGUCGCAGGGCCUGUUAUUCUCUUUCAAGCGCCCCCGAAUGUCCUGAGUAAUGAGGUGUUCGACAGUGUGUCCGGCUACAUAAUCAUUGACAAGGCGCUUUGUGGGAAGAUCAUCACGGUCCGUGCGCAGCAAAUGAAGAUCGUGGGGUAUCCCGUCUGCAUUGAAGACGACAAGUAUCACCGCAACGCUCUACUGUUUAACAUUGGUUUUGUAUUCAAUGACCAUGUGGAGACGGCGCCGUAUCGGCCGAUUAUACGAAAGUUGGGAGCUGUAGUCGAGGGAAUGGAAAAAGAAAGCGGCUUCCUGUACGAUCCAAACAAAAAAGCGCUACUGGGGACAAUCCUGCCCCAGAUUUUGCGGGACUUGACGCUGAAUGGCGAGUGCACCAUUCCAGUGGACGCAGCCAACAUCAUCAAUCUAAAGCUCUUCCCGAGCUUACAAGACCCUCCGUCUGUGUGUGAGUAUCAAGUGCCAGUGGCCAUUCGAGAUCUACGCGCUCUUCUUGAAAACAGUGCAGAAUGGGACUUGGCGCUUCAACAGAUUGUGCCUUUUAUUGACGGCGUUCGGUAUGUGAAGCGCAUCAGCCUUGAGGCAGAUGUAGAGAUUGCGAUCGUGAAGAAAUGUGUCCGGCAGCUUCUGUACUAUGGAUGCGUGACGCUCAUCGACAUCUUCCUCCACUCGAAUAUUUACGCAAACACGCCAAAAAUCGCCGUGCUGGCAAACGACCAGAAGCUGCAAGCGGAGUGCGCCGUUUAUAUCGCCAAAUCAGGUUAUGCGCCACCAUCGUUCGCGCGGAUCUUCGCAUUGUAUUGUUCCGUCCAGCCUAGUCUACGCAUGAGCGAUUUCGCUGUCGUGUAUUUCGAGUCACUCGCUUUCAUCGAUGUGCGGCGUUUCAUCACGUUCGGCCUCAUCCAUGGAUUCCUGAGACGUGUGCAUCGGUACCCCAUCUGUAUCGAUCGCAGUUCCAGCCCUCAGCAACAGCAGCAGCAGCAGGCCCAGCAGACAACGCAACAAAACCAGCAGCAACAGCAAAUGGGCCGUCCGUUUAAGCUACCCUCAAACUCCCCAAUGCUGUCGGGAAUGAAUCCCGUCGGUGCCGCACCUUCAGCGAUCCAGCCGAAUGGGGCGUCUGGCACAUCGAACGCGAACGUUGUGGGUGGCAGCUCCGGUGGAAGUGGAAGCAACGUGGCUUCUCUGUCGUCUUCGAAAAGAGGUCUGAUCUCCAAGGCCAACCAGUUGGAAAAAGACUUGCUUCGUAUGAUGAAUGGCAGCCACAACACAGACGACAUUUGCACCAAAUUCUUGCUGCGCUACGCCGACGUGGAGUCCACCAUUCAGAUAAAUCCAAACUGCUGCGCCGUGCACAAGUAA